AUGGCUAAGGGAGAUAAACAAAAAGAAGGGAGCUCACAGUCCGGCGUGGAGGAGCGUGAAAGGGAGUCCACGGCCACACGUGCUGGCACCCAGCGGGAAAAGAGUGUUUCUCGUGAGGCUCUGGGUGUGGCUGUGGGCGAGAUGGGUGAGAAGCUCGAGAGGGUCGAGCAUACCGUCACCGAGCUGGAGAGUGUUGUGUUCGGUGGGCUUGAGGAAGUUAAGCAAAAUGCUGCCGACUUGGACUCUCGGUUCAUUCGGCUCGAGGAGCUGGUGACGGGAUCCAUGCAGGCUUUGUGUGAUGACAUCGAGGGGAUGAAGGCACGCUUUACUGCGAUGGAGGAAGACAUCACGCUGGUCAAGAGGGCAAGCGCAAACGCUGAAGCCGUUGGCGGAACCAAUUUUGGUAAGGUUGAACUUCCGAAACCAAACCGGUUCAACGGUGUGCGGGACGCCAAGGAGGUCGAGAAUUUCCUUUGGCAGAUGGAGAUAUACUUCGACAAUCUCAACGUGGUGGCUGAGAAUGCGAAGGUGAAGGCUGCGACGUCCUACCUGUCGGACACAGCCAUGCUAUGGUGGCGAAGGAAACAUUCCGAGAUCGAGCAAGGAACAUGCCGGAUCGAUACUUGGGAUGAUUUCAAGAAAGAGUUGAAGCGGCAGUUCUACCCGGAGAACGUCGUGUAUGAGGCUCGCAAGAAGUUGAGGGAACUUCGACAGCGUGGCUCGAUCCGGGACUAUGUGAAGGAAUUCACAACGCUCAUGCUUCAGAUUCCGAACAUGACCGCGGAGGAUCUUGUGUUCUACUUCACUGAUGGACUGCAAUCUUGGGCCAAGCAAGAGUUGCAGCGUCGGGGAGUCAAGACGGUGGACGAAGCCAUCGCGGUGGCCGAGUCGCUAGUUGACUUCCGUACCUCUGGUCCGUCCGAGUCCUCGAAGAAGAAGGAGCAGGUCGUGGCCAAAGGUGGGGGAGCAAAACGGGAUACUGCCCGACCAUCCAACUCAAGGAGUUUUGAGAAGGGUGCUCGUCGGGAAGACUUCGAGGCAAGGAAAAAGUCCUUCGUUCCGAAGGGAGGAUGCUUUGUGUGCAAGGGGCCACAUGCGAUGAAGGACUGCCCGAAGAUGGGGUCGUUAUCGGCUAUCAUGGAGUGUCGGGACACCGAGACUCCAGAAGAGGAACCAGGGAAGAUGGGGUCGUUGCAACUUCUCAACGCCCUGAAGUCUAACCCGGUAGUGAAGCCGACGGGUAAAGGGCUCAUGUACGUUGAAGCUCGGAUCAACGAUAAGCCGACCCGAGUGAUGGUGGACACGGGCGCCACUCACAACUUCAUGGCGAUAGACGAAGCUGUGAGACUUGGUGUCAAGUGGUCCAAGAAGGAUGGUUGGAUGAAGACGGUGAACGCAAAGGCUCAACCCGUCAAUGGGGUAGCUCGAGGGGUCGGGAUGAAGCUGGGAAGCUGGAGCGGCCCGGUGAACUUCUCAGUCAUUCCCAUGGAUGACUUCAAAGUAGUCUUGGGAAUGGACUUCAUGAGACAAGUCUCAGCCAUACCCAUGCCUGCGUUGAGCUCGGUAUGCAUCCUCGAGAAGGGAUCACCGUGCAUGAUUCCGGCCUUAGAAGAGAAAAUCGAUGAGACGAGGCAACUAUCGGCGAUGCAGCUCACCAAGGGGGUGAAGAAGGGUGAACCCACGUUUUUGGCCAUGAUGAAGGUGGAGGAUGAGCCCAAUAACGUUGAGGACAUCCCUCAAAUCAUCAAAACCGUCCUUGAGGAGAACAAGGACGUUAUGCCGGCAAAGUUGCCAGAGAAGCUACCACCGAGGAGGGCGGUGGACCACCAGAUCGAGUUGGAGCCAGGAGCCAAACCACCAUCUAUGGCGCCUUAUAGAAUGGCUCCAUCCGAACUGGAAGAGUUACGGAAACAACUCGAUGAGUUAUUAUCGACGGGGAAGCUGAGACCGUCGAAGGCACCUUAUGGGGCCCCGGUUCUGUUCCAAAAGAAGCAUGAUGGCUAA